AUGCGUACUUUUGUGGUUUUAUGUUUAGUUGCGGUAGCUGCUGCUCAAUACGAUUACUCACCUCAAAGCGGUAAUGUUGGUGGUGUUGGUGCUGGUGACUAUUCGGGAGCCGUAGGCAAUGGUGGUAACAGCGGUGCUGGGCAAGAUGAUUACUCCGGCCCAGUUGGUGGCAACGAAUUCGACAAGGAAUUCUUCACAUACUCUGCCCCUGAAGGUGCAUUUGAUGAUGGUAAUGCUGCUGACAAGAUCGCUGGUGCUUUGAAGAAAAACUUACGUGUCGUCUUCAUCAAGGGACCCGAAAACUCUGGUCUCGAAAACGCCGCCCUUCAAUUGGCCAAAUCUGCUGCUGAUGAACGUACUGCCAUCUAUGUCCUCAACAAACAAGCUGACAUCGGUGAUUUGGCCAACAAGUUGAAUGCUUUGAACAAGAACAACAACAACAAACCCGAAGUUCACUUUGUCAAAUACCGUACCCCAGCUGAUGCUGAAAAUGCCCAACGCACCAUCCAAUCACAAUACGAUUCAUUGCCCGGUACUAGUUCCAGCUCUAAUGGUGGUGCUGCCCCUGUUUUGGACUUUGCCUCGAAGGCUCCUGCCAGCCCAGCUGGUCAAUCCAGCAGCGGUAACUCAGCCGGUCCUAGCAACUCAUACAUUCCUCCCCAAUCGGCGUAUUUGCCCCCUGGCAGACGUUUCUAAACUGAUUGUUACUAGUUAUUGAUUUGUUAUUUAGUUUAAGUCUGUUAA